AUUUACAAUUAAAAUGAAAACUAUCCUAAAGUUCAUUUCACGAAAGAAGUCCCGCAGACGCAGCGCCAAUGUACGUACAAAAAUAUAUAGUUCCACAAUUUUCCGCGGGACUUCUUUCGUGAGAUGGACUUUAGUACAAAAGCUAAAACUAUUUAUUCAAAAUCUAUACGAUGUUCUCCAGUCAAGUUAAACCUUCAACCAUAGAUUACCCUUAUAGUUAAUAAUUACUUCGCCUCUUUCGCCUUCAGCUGGGGAGUGGGGUUAUAUGUCAAUGGGGGAGACCCAUUGAUCGAAUAUUUUGACAGUUUCAUGCAUGACAAUGACAGAAUCUCUUCCUUAGUUCUGAAUUCUGAUAACAAAAUGAACGGAAGAGAGAUUGAAGCGAGUUAUAUAUUUGUUAAAAACUGAAUUGAAAUCUCGUUUGAAUUACAAGUAAAAAAUGAAACUACAAAAUGAAUUGCAAAGUUUGCAGUAGGAUCAUUUUCUAAUUGAAGCAGUAGCUUCGUGAACUGUAAAUUACGAGCAAACGAAAAAUAUUAGUUGUUUACUUUUUUUGUGUAAAUGUUUUCUUAAAUUGAGCGAAAAUCAUGUAUAGGUUGAUCUCACUUUGUGUAGCACCUUUGUGCGUGGGCGUGUUGUGGUAUUGUCCGCCUAUAUGGAAGUUGGUCUAUUUGUUUAUUCUUACAAUAUUCCUAGUGUUGGGAGCUGUAACGUUUACAUUUUGGGGCCAUGUAUCGUUAUCUUCUCCACAUCAAACCUCCCUAUUUUUAUUGGAAAGAGUCGAGAAAGAAGUUCGUCAAAUCGAGGAGACGUUAAAGGAAGACCAGUCUAAUUGGCCUCACACGACCAAGAAGUCGCAUUUGCCUGUUAUAUUUGGGCGCACUGUAGACAGUCAGCUACAGCUUCUAAUUGAUUAUGUGUUGCGAGACUUUGUGGCUCGUUGGCUGAAAGAGCUUUCUCACAAACCUGAGCCAGUGAUAGACAAGUUCAAGGAGCAUGUGUGGGGUGCAGUGCAGAACUUGUACGAGAGACUUUUACGUGUGGAUGCUGAGAAACUGCUGGCCAGUGACAUGGUGACUAAGAUCACACAGCACUUUGAAAGGAUUAGAAUUGCCAGGAGUUGUGCAUUAGAACUGAAUCAACCUCCUGUGUUUGCUCUGGCCCCGCACCUGAUGGCUGCAGACACGGAACUGCACUAUUUGAGGCAGAUCAGUGAACUGAUCAUCAUGUUCCUUAUGCCUCGGUGCUAUUCAUUGGCUCCUGCCACACACCUCAUGAGAGAGAUACUGGCUUGCAAAGUUUUACAGCCAGCAAUAGACCUUGUCACUGAACCAGACUAUAUAAACCAGAAGAUUAUCCAGUAUCUUGAGGCUCAAAAGGAGGUUGAUGCUAUGCAUGUAAGGACUCAUGAGUACGCUAAAACAUUUGAGGACUACAUCCGUCUAAUAAACAGCUGCAAUAAUGUCGACACACUGAAGCGGUUACGUUACGACAUCGUCACACAAAUAAUGCAAGCUACUACUCUACAAAACGUAAAACGAGCAAAAGGCGUCGACAUAGAGGUCAUAGAAAAAAGCGGUUCACAAAACGUCAGUCGGCAACAAAUAGCUGAUGCCAAAAAGCUGAAGAGAUAUAUAAAUCAGCUGACUAUUGCUAAAGCUGAGUGUGAAACGGCCCUUAGGAAGCUUGGUUGGGAUGGCGCGUUUCCGACCGUGGAGUCUGAUAGCAAGGUAAAGACUCUUCCCUUACACAAAAUAAUGGAGAGUGUGACUGGUCGGCGAUAUCUUGCCAUGUUUCUAGAGACGAUGUGUUCUCAAGGUCUGGUCGGCUUCUGGAUGGCUGUUGAAGAGUUGAGGCACAGUCCUAGGAGUAGCUGGCAUCAGCUCGGCGCAGAAAUAUUUUAUACUUACAUUAGAUCGCCUAGCGCGGAAAUUAAAGUUGAUAAGGACACUAGAAAAAGAAUGGAAGCGUUUCUACUAGGAGAUAAAGGCCCAGAAGUGUUUUAUGAAGUUCAAGAUACUGUAGUGGAUACCAUACAGGAGAAAUACUAUCAUUCCUUCCUUCUGAGCGAUCACUAUACUGCUCUGAUCGCCGAACUCGCUACUGAAGAGGCUAAUAAAGAUAUAACAUCAGACAGAUCGCCAAUAGAAGACCGACAGCUGUCGAACGAGUCGGUAUCGUCAGCGGAAAGCGUAGCCGGCACCAUACACCUUACUGAGCACUCCACUUACGCUAGACGAAAGCUCGAUGAGUUACAGGAACGACAUAAUAAUAAGAUUCAGGCAUUAGCAGCUCUCCGUGCAUCAUUAAAACCUGAAUCCCCAGCUCUCGCCAUGUUAGCGAAUGAAGUGGAGAAGUUAGCGGGUGAACAGAUGAGAUUGGAGGCGCAUCUAGCUAGAACUGACACUUGGGCCGAACAUCUCGGACGGUGGCGGGCUUCCGUGCAUAGUGCUGAGGUUAUAGAUGAGUCGAAACCGCCCCAGUUUGUCAUAGUGGUACAUAUGGCCGAACAAGAGGCUGCCAAUGAUGACGAUAGACCAGAACAGAUUACUACAGGAUGGGUGCUUCUCAGGACUUUGAACGAAUUUCAGGAAUUACAUCGAAAAUUGCGGCCUAUGUGUGCAGAAUUGAAGAAUUUAGAAUUACCGACGAAUUCGUUUAAGUUUCUAUUUGGAAAGAACGACAAGAAUUCUCUAGAAAAAGCGAAGAUUUUAAUACAAAAAUAUUUAGAAUUUGUUUUAGAAGAUGACAGACUAAACCAAAGUGAAGCUUUAUACACAUUCCUUAACCCUAGUUCGGAGUAUCUGAAGCAGGGUGACUUACCAAAGAAGAAUAAAUUUUCAUUUUCAACUUUAUUUAAGAGUACGAGUAGUGAGGCGACAACUAGAUCUUCGCAAGAGAAGGAACAGUUCACACAUUUAUCUGCAGAUGAGGACGAAAUAUCGCUGUAUCUUGAUGGAAAUGGAGCUGAUAACUCCAGCAAAGCUAUGACUACAUCUCUGCGUGGUGCAGGCGCCAUAGCGGAGGAACGCGACAGUAUAGCGGAGCCGCUGUACGCGUUACUGAGCGAAGUGUUCGACAUGCGCGGCGUGUUCCGCUGGCUCAGGAAGACGCUCGUCACCUUCGUGCAGAUCACAUACGGCAGGACUAUUAACAGGCAAAUCAAAGAAACUGUGACGUGGUUGUUCUCGGAACAAAUGUUGCACUACUACAUUAGCGUGGUGCUGAAGUCAUGGUGGCCGGGCGGGACCCUGUCGGAGAACACCUCUAAUAGAAACUUUCAAGAUAAAGAGCACACGCGCACGCUAGCGCUGCAGCAGCUGAGCGAGAGCGUGCUGGACGCGCUGUCGUCGCUGGUGGGCGCGCAGGCGGCGGCGCGCGGCGCGCACAAGCUCUUCUACACGCUGCAGAACACCACGCACAACAAGCAGCUCUUCUAUGAGCUGUUCGAACUGGUACUUCUAGAAGUGUUCCCUGAGCUCAAACGCUAUCAAUAACUCUGUAGGUAAGACUAGCCAUGACAAUAGAUGUAUCAAAGUGUAGUUAUAAUCUUACAGGGAUCACAUCCAAAGGAGACCCACACCGAAAAUAUACGAUAUUUUACUCUUCAAGAGGCAUUCCUUUAACUUUGAAUAAGUCUUUACCUUGUUGGAUACUUCGAAAUGACUGCACAUAUCUUUUUUAAACGUAUAUCACCAUUUUUGAAACCUCGAAUCCAAUUUUAAACUUUACAGAUCUGAAAAUGUUGCUCUUGAUAUUAUACAUUUUAUGUAACAACGUUAUUUGAAGGACAUAUAAAAACAUGGCCAAAAGUGACUCUCAGAAUGGAACUUUUUUAUCAUCUUUCAAAAAUGUUGCCUCUUUAAUGUUGUUGCAUGUUAAAUAAUACAGUUUUGUAAUUAAUCAUGAAUUGCCAGUCUUUAUGGUCAUUUAGAGGUAGAUCAAUAUCUAACGUAUUGGAACAGUAACCGUAAGAUUAGUAGGUAGAAAUAAUAUAUUGAUCUCAUGAUUUUUUCCAUAUACCUCGAUUAACAUAAAGAUAACAUAGCGCUACUGUGUCCCUCUUAUUUCAUAACUAUUUAUACUUUCUGCUUAGUACAUCAACAACUUUCGAAUGACCAGUGACGUCUGAGGAAAGAAUUUUAGUUUUAACCCGCCUAACAUAUACUCUGAUUAAUUUAUAAAAUUGUAGUUUAGUCUACAUUAAUUAAGCUUACUGCUAAUCGCUAAUUUAUGAUGACAAAUGUAAAAAAGUUUAUAUUUUUGUGAAUGUUACGUUGUUUAUUAGUGUUGUGCCAAAGAAUGCACGUCUAACGAGGUAAUAUAAGUUCAUGCAUCGAACUAUAAAUGUCUACUUAAAUAAACUUAUGUCGAUAUUUCAAAUCUGUGACUUUAAAAAGUAUUUCACGUACCUGAAUCUUGGGUCGCUGAAUUUUCUAAAUAUACCUAAUACAGGUACUAAGGUGAUCAAUUCAAAAAACAACUUUUCUAUAUUACUAUGUACAUAAAGCCAUUUUUUGUAGAAGUACAUUUAUGGAAAUAUCACAUAAUUGCCAUAUUGUAUUGCAUGUUUACGGGCAUUCCCUUAUUUUUUUCAGCGACUUGGUUAGUUCAAGUUUCCAUGUGUUGUGCAUUCCAUUAUGUGUGAAAUAAAAUACUUUAUAUUGGUUGUGGUGUUGUAACAAACAUAAUUAGUUAAAUUCAGGUUUAAUUCGGUAAAUAGGUACCACGUGUUCGGUAGGUGAUAUAAUUAGAAAGUUCGACAAAUGCCGUCAGCUUAGAAAUCUCAGUUAAGAUCUAGUUUUUCCAUUGUCUUUUUCAAACAUUGAUCCAGAAACCCUUAAAAAAGGAUUAAUACUUUUUGUCAGGUUAUGGUACUGAAAGUUCUUAGUGUAUUUUGAAGGUUGUUUGUUUUCUUUAGCUUUCCUUACAUAUUUAUGGAGCUUUUAAAAACCUCCCACUCUUCUAGUCCUACGUUAUUUUUAUUUGAAUUCCAAUGUACGUAAUCCCAAGUGACAUAAAUGUAGAUAGAUUUAAAAUUAUUAGUAUAGAUAUUAGCAGUUUAAAACUGAUUUUGUGCUAGCAUUAUAUUUUCCAACGCAUAGCAUAAACUAUUUGUUACACACUUGCCCUAGGUUUUCUACUAUUAAUACGUUUACAAAUAUUACUCUUACUACCCUUCUUCGGCAGUUGGGUACAAACAGGUCUAAGAUUUUAUACGUUUAUUACGUCAAUUCCAGAUUUUUUGUCUUUAAAUAAUAUGUAUACCUGGUUGGUGUUUGUACUUUUACAUUCUGAAUGACAGUGCUAAAGGUUUUAUUAUUUGCUUGAAAAUGCGUGUAAAAGUGUGACCAUAAAGUAUUUAAAAAGUUGUAAGAUUAUAUCGAAUGACAAAAAUAAUUAUGAAUUUAUUGGUAAGUGAUAUGAGUAGAUCUUAUUAAUUUGUAAAUAUUAGUUCAUGACAAAAAAUAAUUUUAAUUUAUCGAAUUAUGUUACCAAAAAUAUUUUUAGGAUAGAUAAAUUGAAAGUUUGAAUUAAAUAGAUACAGUGUGACUUAAAAUCACAUUAAUAAGUGUUGUUCAAAACUUGCUUAUUUUAUUUGCCAUGACAUUACCUUAUUUAAUUCUUUUUAAUCUAUGAUAAACUAAUUUAUAUUUUAGCAGUUUUUUUAAUGAUGUACCUACUUCAUGUAAAGUAUUAUGUAAAACUGUCUAUUUUUAAUACCUUUUUAUGUGGAGAACUUUGUUUAUCUGACGUCAUCCUUUUGAACUGUUCUGUCACUGUUUUGCCGAUGUCAUAAUGUUGCUAGCUUGUCACCUUUUGUGACACUUCCCAAACUUACCUAAUGUGACAUCAGAUAAACAAGGUUCUUCUGUAACCUGUGAACCUAUUGUCUAUAUCUAUUAAGUGUUAUAUUUCAUGUUGUUAACUAAGUGUAACGACGAGUAUGUAUGUAACUGUGCUGUUAAUAUGAAAUAAACUAGUACAUGUAUUUUA